AUGGGGAAGGGACCCUUGGAGCGGAAGCUCCAGUUUGAAAAGAAGAACAAAGAUCUCGUCAAGCUUCCCAAAUAUGCAACGGUCGAGAAGCGCCCCAUACCCCAUGCACCAGUUGCAUCUCCCUACGCCGGAGCCUCUGUUCCUAAGAUCGUCUACGUCUCGAGCAGUACGCCAUUCAUGAGCGCAGUCAAGCGCAUCCAGAAACUACUCCUCCAAGCCGAGAAGCGCGCUACGGCAAACAUCAACCUAGAGGACACGCGCAAAAAUGAGAAGCAAAAGCUUGCAGAACUGGCUAAUAUCUCCUCCAAGCGAGAGGAAAUUUUCGUGAAGGCGACGGGCCGUGCUAUCGAGAAAGCGCUCAAUGUCGGCAAAUGGUUCGAAGAGAAGGAGACAGAGUAUUCGGUUCGCGUGAAGACUGGAAGUGUCAUCGUUGUUGAUGAUGUCGUUGAGGAUGAGGACAAGAAGGAGCAAGAGGAGCAAAAGCGUCAACGGCAGGAGGAGCAACCUCCUGCUUCGGAAUCCAAGUCGGCUGCGAAAAAGAGGAAGCGUCAAGCUGCUGCUGCUGUGAAUCCUGAUGCUGAAAUUCCCGAGAGCCGUACACGGUGGGUUAAAAUGGUUGAGGUUGCUGUCAGUCUGAAGUGA